AUGAAGCUCUGUUAUGAGCAAGAGCUAAUUCUGAUAAAUAUUUCAUUUUUCCUUCUUUCGGUUCUUCAUUCUUCUUGUCUCUCCCUUGAUAGUAUAUCCCCAAGCCAAUCACUCAGAGAUGGUGACAUUUUGCUCUCCGACAGUGGAACUUUCGCCUUCGGUUUCUUCAGCCCCGGAAAUAAUUCUUCAACGAACCGGUACGUUGGCAUAUGGUAUCAUAAAUUCUCCAACCAAACCGUUGUGUGGGUGGCUAAUAGACAAAAUCCUCUUAAUGAUACUUCUGGAGCUUUGUCUAUUGAUACUCAUGGAAACAUUGUUCUCCUUCACAAUGAUAUAUAUUCGAACCAAACUCCUAUUUGGUCUUCCAACAUUUCAAACACAUCUUCUCGUGACUCCUUUGCUAAGCUUCAAGACUCAGGAAACUUGGUUUUGAUAACAAGAAAUGGUGGAAUAACGAAAGUUCUGUGGCAGAGUUUGGAUUAUCCCAGUGACACUUUGCUUCCGUUCAUGAAAAUCGGAGUGGAUCGGAGAACCGGUUUCAAUAUGUUCCUCACGUCAUGGAAAUCCCCAGAUGACCCAGGGUUGGGGAGCGUGAGCCAUAGGAUCGACCCAACAGGCUAUCCUCAGUCAUUCAUAUAUAGAAACGGUGCUCCAUUUUGGCGGGGCGGGUCUUGGACGGGUCAAGGAUUGAGUGGUGUACCUGAAAUGAUACCAAACUUCAAUUUCCAAGUAAGAUUUAUUGACAAUGCUAGCGAAGUUGUCGUGAUGACCCAACUCAUGGAACCUUCCAUGUUCUUAAGAAUGGUGCUUGACAACAUGGGCCAUGAGACAUGGACUAUUUGGCAACCUAAUGGGCAAAAAUGGUUGCAGAUAUGGUACGGUCCGAAGGAGGACUGUGACUACUAUCGACGAUGCGGGUCAAAUAGUAAGUGUGACCCGUAUAACGAGGACAAGUUUGAGUGUGUGUGCUUGCCCGGAUUCGAACCCGUGAACCCGCAAGAGUGGAACAUGAGAAACGGGUCGAGUGGGUGUGUGAGGAAGAAGAACAUGUCCAUGUGUCAAAGUGGGGAUGGGUUUGUGAAGGUGGCAAGUGUGAAGGUUCCAGAUACGUCAAAAGCACGUGUGAAUAAGAGUGAGACUAUGAGCUUAAAAGGGUGUGAAGAGAUGUGCUUAAGGGAUUGUUUAUGUGUAGCGUAUACGAGUGCAGAUGUGGUCUCACAAAGUGGGUGCUUGACGUGGCAUGCUGAUAUGGAAGAUAUUAGGACUUACCAAGGCCAAGGACAAGAUUUAUACGUGCGCGUGGAUGCAUCUGAAUUAGGAAAAUAUGAAAGCAAGCCUUAUGGUUCACUUGGAAAGAAGGGGAUGGUGACACUCGUAGUCGUUUCUACGUGCCUGAUACUCUUGGUUAUUGUUUUUGCGUAUUGGUUUGUAUGGAACAAGAAACGAGUACAAAGUAGGCAUAUCGAACAUGUUUUUGCUGGACAUCAGAACAAUGAUUCAGAUUUACCAUUAUUUGAUCUAAGUGACAUAAUAGCAGCAACAGACAAUUUCUCAGAGACUAACAAGCUUGGACAAGGCGGUUUUGGUUCUGUUUAUAAGGGUCUACUCAACGAUGAAAUGACAAUAGCAGUGAAGAGGCUGUCAAAGUAUUCUGGACAAGGCAUUGAAGAAUUCAAAAAUGAGGUUUCUAUAAUUGCAAAGCUCCAACAUAGAAAUCUUGUCAAGAUUUUAGGUUAUUGCAUACAUGGAGAAGAGAAGAUGUUGAUCUAUGAAUAUCUGCCAAACAAAAGCUUGGACUCUUUUCUUUUUGAUCAAGCAAAAAAGGUACUCUUAGAUUGGACGAAAAGAUUUGAUAUCAUUUGUGGAGUUGCCAGAGAAAUGUUAUACCUUCAUCAAGAUUCAAGAUUAAGAAUAAUUCAUCGAGACUUAAAAGCCAGCAAUAUCUUAUUAGAUUCUACAUUGAAUCCAAAAAUUGCAGAUUUUGGUAUGGCUAAAAUGUUCGAUGGAGAUCAAAUUGAAGGAAACACAAACCGCAUCGUGGGAACCUAAUUUGGGACCUGUGGAGAGAAAGUAGAGCUAUGGAGAUCGUUGAUCCAUCAUUAAUAGGAGAAACAUGCCUUGAGGAUGAAGUUUUGAAAUGCAUCCAAAUUGGGCUUUUAUGCGUGCAAGAAUAUGCAUCUGAGAGGCCCACAAUGUUAGAAGUUGUUUCCAUGUUAGAUAAUGACUUAACUCUUCAUCCUCCAAAACAACCUGCCUUCAUUUUCAAGAAAAGUAAUCGUGAUUGUUCAAAUCCUGAAGGCGUUGAUUCUGUAAAUGAGAUGAGUAUUACUGUGGUUGAAGCUCGCUAAAGGCCUUGACACUCUUGUAUGGUAUAUGAAUGCUCUUAUAAUGCUACCAGUUAAUACUUGCCAAGUGAAUAAUUUUAUCUGGCAAAAAAAAAAAGAAUAAUUU